AGAAUAAUAAGCUCUUCGUGGGUCUUGCAGCAUGUUCGUUCUUAAGGUUGAGGGCUGAAGGUUAAGGGAAAAGUGGUUUCUGGUAGGUUUCUGGUAAAGUUCUUUAAGGCUAUCUGUCAGCAACCAGAAGGGCGACAUUGAUAUAUGAGGGUAGCAAUACAACGAUUACUUUUACCCUACCCUUCAUAUUCUGUGCAUCGUACUCCUGGCAGUAAUACUUGGGAGGACUCGAUAUUGGACGAAUACUUUCUUAGUAUGGUUAUACAGCAUAUACUACACUACCAAACGACUGGGCGACCCGUGUGACGAGAGUAACACAUACCGAGUAAAAGGUCACUUACAUAUACAUCCUGUAAAUGAAAAGAGCCGCAGCGCUACACAACAAGUGAUCCUUUCGCCUUCUUCAUUUCUCCUCUAGACACAGACCUCACCUCCAUUCAUUUAUUCAUUCAAAGUAACUAUCUCCUACCUGGUUACCUUGCGCAAUCGUUCAAUUUAUCAUCUAGAUUAUUAACUAGUACAUCUUACAUUACAUACACAACGUUCUCUAUAUCAUAUCUUAUACCGCGAAUUGGGAUCAUUUCGUUGUUGGCAGAUUGGAUGAAACUGGAUACAGGAAAAACGGAUCGGAUAUUACGUACCUUUUGAUUGAUCGACAGAAGGCGAAUCUCUAUACACGUCCCUGAGAAUCAUAGACGCAGGAUUAUCGAUAAAGGUUAGAACAAGUGGAAGCGGAGUGGCCUCUGCGCAAACUGCCGGACUGGGAACGGUUCGUGAGUGAGCAAGGUCGUCCUUGGUUUGGUGGUGCGCCCAGAUAUACAUUUACGAACUACUCGCGAAGCUACCACAACAUCCGCGAACUACAGUCAAUAGUCGCGAGCUACGCUACGCUCGCAAGCUCCCGCCCACAUGUCCGACGAUUUCGCCGCUCCUGUAAAGGGCAUCAUAAAGGCACUAGAUGCGGGGAUCAAGUUGACGAAGAGGAUUUCGAGAACGGCGAGUCAUGGUCCAGAGAAUUUAAAAUAUAUCGCGGAGUUGGCACAGAAUUUACAAAGGACUUUGGAGAAGAAUUGUCAAGCUAUUACGGAUGCUUAUAGAGAUGCUGCGGGAUCUUGUGGUGAAGCUUUUGCUAAGGCUUUACUGGAGGAUGGUGAGUGUUAAGGAGGGCUAUGGAGUUUUCUGGGAGUUAUUGACUGAUGGUGUGGUAGAAUCUAUUUCAAAUCGAUUGAAGGAAGUUAGAAUUGAUCUUAGGGAUCAAAUUGAUGAAUGCCAAGAUUUCGAUGAGAACCUCGAAUCCUUUCAAGCAUCAGCUUUUACCAAUGUCAAACACCAAUCGAAAAGAUGUCGGACGGAAUGUACUUUUAUCUUCAACAAUCUUCGAGAUCGGAUAGAGCAGACGGAUCGUCAUCAUUUUCGGAUGGAGGAUAGAUCUCCCCCUUUGAGUCCCGCACAUUUACCGAUGAUGGAACAAUCUCCUCGAGGACCAUUGGCAACAGGAUUCUCAUAUCCUACCACUUCACCAUCUUCGCAAUUACCCCCUUAUUUCAACAAGCAAAAUAUCGAGGAUAGAGUUCCCGUAUCGAGUCCUUCCAAGAGUUCUCCUAAAAAGGAAAAUCCAUGGAGUUUAAGUGGGCCAUAUUUUGAUGUAGGGCCAAGAACUCCUCCUCGUGGUCAAUCCCCAGAGCCAAGUUAUCAAGAAUCGAUACAGGCUACACCUCCUCCUAAAUAUGGAUUUGAUACACCACCACCGAAGCAAGUAUUUAUAGCCAAAGAGCUCGUAUAUCAAAGGCUUAGCGCAAAUGAGGAAUUCCUAGAACGAAGAAAGCAGUCUCGUAUGUCGUUUCACAACGAAUUACGGAAAUCAGCGUCCUCGAUUGAAGAGAACAGGGCUAGUGAAAGUUUUAGUGAUGGAUCAAUGCUCACAUCUCCUCGGUCCUCAUAUUCGUCGACUAGUAGUCCGAUAGAAAGGCAUAGUUCUAAAGGGAGUGGAUAUGGUGAUUUAAUAGGAAGGAAAAGGAGUCAAGGACAGACAUCUCAAGGGGGAAGUUCACGGAAUGGUUCAUUGAGGGAUCGAGAUGCUACACCCGCAUCUUCGAGUACAACGAAGCCGGAUAAUGAAUACUUUCCUACUGCAUCAUUGAAGCCUCCAACGCCAAUUUCAGCAACGCCAUUAAGUCCAGGUAUUAGCGACUAUCAACCUUCGGAAUCUGGGACAUCAUUAUGGAUGAAAAGUCCAGUUAGUCCACCUAUGUCUGAUAUACAUGAUCCAGCUUCUUGGGGUAGAUUGGCACCUGCAACCACCUCUCCAACUUCUACUGCAUCACUAGCUUCCACACUACAACUGCCUGGUUUUGGAAAUGGGGUUGAAGAUGGAUUAGAAGUCGUUCCCACUUUUGAAAGUGGUUUAGAAGUUGUACCAACUCAAGAUCCUGAACCAGUACCAAUACAACCUUUAAAUCGCAUUCCAGAAAAUCGAAGUCAAAGUCAAUUAGCAAUGCAUAGAGCUAUCACUCCUUCAUUGAAAAGUUUAGAUUGUCCUAUGAGACAUGAUAGUUCAUUUUAUAAAUUUGACGGAUUUUGUCCGGGAGCGAAAUCGAUGAUUAGAGGGGAAACAGGAUUUAAAGUUGUUAAAAGACCUUCGGUAUGUAGGAUUCCUUUGUCAUUAAUUUGUCAAAAUUUCUUUGGAUAUUUGGUUCGCGUUUCCGCUAAUACUUAGGUUUGUUUUAACUGACAGAAGGAUCAGGGCCAUUAUAGUGCUACUUUGAGUGCGAGAUGUAUUAAAUGUGCCUAUGAAGUGGGUUGGAAUGAUGUGGAAAAGGAUAGAUUACUUGAUCGUAUGUACAACUUGUUAUUUAAGGGGGGAAGAAUGCUAAUGUCGUAUGGUUUCUAGGUUCUGGUAUAUAUUCUAAUACUGGUAUUCGAUGGCGUCAAAGAUUUAUCUCGAAAUGUCACCUUAAAACAACUUCAGUGGAUGAUCCUAUCUACGGUGUAAGCACUUCUCCCUCAACUCAGCUUUUAGGAGCAACAACUAACAUUCCACUCAGUGCAUAUUCUGCGUUGAAGAUCACCGCACAGUGGAAGACCAUGAUGCAACCGUCUUCUUUAGCGUAACAUCCCUUUUCCGUCACCUAGCUCGUCACCCUCGUCCCCUUCCACAAGUAGCAGGUAUAACAACUGUCUAUGGCAUUCAACCCCCUUCAGUCCUCGACUUCGAUAUUCAAUUCACCAUUCACGAACCCAAACUCUCUACUUACUGCAUGUCUGAAAUAGCAUCUAAAGUAGCUUCUCGUCCUUCGGCUCACGCAACGAUAACCCAUCAUCCAAAACCAACUGCUAAAACGUUUCGUGAUCCUGAUGGUCGAUCAACUAUGCAUUUUGCAGAUGGUGCAAAGAUUGUGGGAAUAACGUUCCCGGAACGUUUUCGUGGUAAUUGGUGUAUAGGUUAUCAUGAUGGUGAACGUGGAUCAUUUCACGCAACGGCUAUUUCUCUCCUCCCACCCCCGCGAGAUGAAGUCAAAAUUAAUCCUCAAAGUUCUCUUCAAGCAGUAGCUAAAUGGGAUUGGAGACCCAAAGAUAAAGAUGAAGGAUGGUUAAAAUUUUCAAAAGGAGAGAGAAUUUAUAAUGUAGGAUAUGCAUGGCAAGACCAAUGGUGCUGGAGUGGAUGUACCUCGAAAGGAAAAUGGGGUCUCUUUCCCAGCAGUUUCGUAAAAGAUCUAAUGAGUACCGAUUCAUCCUCUGGUAACGCAAAAGCAUCUAAAAUCCUAGGCACAGAUAUAGAGAAAAAAGAACGUGGGGGAUUAGGAGCAGCAUUUGGAUUUUCGGGAAGUAAACCUAGAAUGGUUAGUUUUCCACUGAGUAGAAAUAGAAGUGCGAGGACUGGGCAAAGUCCAGUGCAGAGGGACGAUAGGGAAAGGAGUGGUAGUUCGCUAAGUGGGUUUAUGGGAUAUGGACAUCAUAGGGCGGCUAGUGUGAGGAGUAAUGGAAGUUCAGCGAGUACGCCUAGUAGUCCGUUGGUAUCGGUGCAGGCGGGUCUGGAGGUUGAUAAGAGGCCGGGAACUGCUGGGGGGAAUUUAGGUGGAGGGAGUGGUGGGGAGAAUUGGUGGAGGCGGAGGUGGUUGGAGAAAAGUGGAGGUGGAGGGGAGGAGGAAGUGAGUAGUGGGAGUGCAAGUGGAGGAAUGGUAGGGAGUAGUUGGUUGAGGAGUUAGGUGUAUUAGGUGAAUUGUGGAAGAUUCAAGGAGGAAGGUGAUAAAGCUGAGAGCGGGAAGGAGAAGACAAGGGAGAAUGGAGGGGUGGAUAUAAGCCAUGAUAAUUACGACAUAUACGCAUGCACACACACACAAGACACACAAGCGAAAACCAAAGAUACGGCAACCGUCAGCUGAGGAAUAAUACAGUCGGUAUCGAGGCUGAUAUUUCACAUUUGAUAUUUCACAUUUCACAUUCGAUAUAGCUAGGAUAUUUGGUACAAGCCGGUGUUGAAAACAGGAAGGACAGGACUGGAUAGGACAGGACAGGACACGACACGACACGGAGUGGAUGAAACGCACAGCUUGCUUGCUUGCUUACUUGCUUGCUUGCUUGGAUUAUUGGAAUGGUUUGAGGUGUAUGGAUUUAUGGAGAUAUGGAGAUAUGCAUUACAUAUUAGGAUUGUUGCAUUGGAUAGGAUUGGAUUGGGUUUUCGGAGUGGAAUUUGAAUAGGAUAGGAUAGGAUAUUGGAUUUAUUGGAUACCAUAGGGGGUUUUUUUUUGGUUGUUGUAUUUGUUUUUUUAUAAUUGGUGUCCUUUUUCGGGGGUUUUAACUCUAGCUCUAUAUAUA